GCGCAAGCGUCGUAGUAAUUGUAGCAGCUCGGCGGCGACCACAGCCUGGCUGACUGACACUGAAUGAGAACGCACUGAUUUCGGCUUCAAAAUGAUGAAAUUUCUACCUAAACUGCUGCUGCUAUUGCUGCUAGCCUUCCCGGCGACCAUCCUCAUCAAAGGGCCGGCGGUGAGCGCCCAGGAUCUGACUGAGGAUGAGGAGGCCGAGGCUGUGGAUGAAGAUGUCGUGGAUGAUGUGACAGCCGAGGAUGAGGACGAUGAAGCUGAGGUGGAAGACGAUGAAAAUACAGAACUGACGGAAGAAAAAGAAGAUGAAGAAGAAGAAGCGUUGGUUGGAGAGGUGAAGGCUUCUCCCAACGCCGACACCACCAUCCUCUUCGUCAAAGGAGACGACUUCCCAGCCAACAACAUCGUCAAGUUCCUGCUCGGCUUCACCAACAAGGGAUCAGAGAACUUCGUCGUGGAGUCUCUGGACGCGUCUUUCCGUUACCCGCAGGAUUAUCAGUUCUUCAUCCAGAACUUCACGGCUCUCCAGCUCGGCACCGUGGUUCCUCCCAGCAGACAGGCCACCUUCGAGUACUCCUUCAUCCCCGCUGAGCCGAUGGGAGGAAGACCCUUCGGACUCGUCAUCAACCUCAACUACAAGGACAGCAGUGGAAACGUUUUCCAGGACGCCGUGUUCAACCAGACGGUCACCAUCACGGAGAAAGAGGACGGACUCGACGGAGAGACGAUCUUCAUGUACGUCUUCCUCUCAGGUCUCGGGCUGCUCGUCAUCGUCGGCCUUCACCAGCUGCUGGAGUCCAGAAAGAGGAGGCGUCCAGCUCCUAAGGUUGAAAUGGGAACUUCGAGCCACAACGACGUGGAUCUGAGCUGGAUCCCUCAGGAAACACUCAACCAGAUCAUGCAGAGUCGUAGAGACAAAGCGUCUCCUAGGAGAUCUCCUCGCAAAAGGAGCCAGAAACGUUCGGCCGGCUCAGACGAGUGACGGGGGGCGUCGGACGCCACGGCGACGAAUCUUCAGCCGCCCGUCUACGUAGGAGAGAGGGAGAGAGAGAGAGAGAGGGAGAGAGAGAGGAGGGCUGUGAGCGCGCUCUGCCCUCCAUACUGAGAAACUUUAACCAGUGCCAAGCACAGCGACGGCUGGCUCUACUAUCAGCUUCAAACUGUUGAACACACACACACACACACACAUAAACACACACACACACACACACACACACACACACACACACAUGAACACACACACACACACGCCUCCUUUUGUUUAACGAUUAUGGUUUUCUGACGCUGUCACAGGAAGGAGAGAAGGAUCAUCCCAGAACAGGCGUGUUGGGUUUUUAAGGGGCUUAAAACACGACUUUCUUCAGAGGUUGUUGGUUUUUCUUUGGAGAUGAUGUUUGUUUGUUUGUUUGUUUGUUUGUUGAAGCCUUAGUAAGAUAACUGCUGAUACUCUCAUUGGGAGACUUUUGUUGAUUUGUUUUUCUUGUUUGUUUCUUCCCACUCUGGUGUAGAACUGCAACGUAAAGUGGAUUAAUCGAUUAGUUGAGCAACAGAAAAUUAAUUUGCGAUGAUUAUUUGUCCGUUUUUUAAGGAAAAAUGCCAUAAAUGUGAUCGUUCCAGCCUCUCAGAUGUCCAGAUAUCCUGAUAUUGUUUCUGACGUGACAGUAAACGAGCAUCUUAAAGACGUCACCUUGAGUUUUUGGAACUUUCUGACAUGUAGAUUCUUAAUUAAUCGAUUAAUCCACAGAGUAAUCUGCAGAAGACUUGAAAAUAAUGGUUAUCUGCAGUCCUACACGACGACGGUAACAACUGCAGUUUUUUUUUUUGUAGUUUUGUGUUUUUUUUAGAUUCUGUCUGCACUGCGUUUUGGAUUUAUUGUGAUGUUUAUGAUUAUGUUCGAUCUCGUCCUCCUGCUCCGUCGCUGCUUUCUUUCCCGCCCUUCAUUCAUUCAUUCAUUCAUUCAUCGGUUCAUUUCACUCCACAAAAAGAUUCCCUGAAAGCGGAGCGUCUCAUCCCGACACGAACGUUCAUCCUCAAAAAGUCUGCGAGGGGCUCAGUGCCGUCCUUCUGUUCAGCCGUAGCAGUGUCGAGAUCUCUCGCGGAGUUUUUGAAGCCUUUUUUUUUUUUUCGAGAAGCUUCGAGAAACAAGCCGACGUAUCACAGAGUCGAUGUCCAGUUUGUAAAAUAAAACGUUCAAAAACCGUGUGUGAAGACACAUAAUCACUGUUUCACUCCAACGUUUUAAUGAACCUCCUCAGAGUCGAACGCUGCCUUCACAUUCAUUCAUUUGAGACACGUGAAGUCAGAUUCAGCGUCUGUUGUUGAGCCAAAAAAAUGGUUCAAGAUUGGAAGAUUGGAGCGAUUUUUCAGACUAACUUCCUGAAACUUAAUAUUUCCAAAAGUGAAGAGGCGUCACGAUUUAUCAGGUUAAACCUGUGGACAGGAAGUAAAUAAAUAAGUGAGGAAGAAAAGAAGAGUCAGCGGAGUGGAGCAUCGGUGUCUUAUUAAACCUGCCCUUUGACCUUCUGACACCCCCUACGUUUAAACCGCAGCACUGACGGGCUCUCGGGAUCACGAGGACACAGCCUCCAGAUUUAUUUUUUUUGUUAUUUCACGUUAAUAUAAAGUCUCUGGAUCAGUAAACUGGUGAAGACACUCUUUGUGAAUGUGUUGUUUACUUCUGGCUUCUCUCCUCCAGCAGCCUCGUUCAGAAUCAGACAAAUAACUUACAGAAUAAUCACAGUUUGAGUGUUUUUUCUUUUUCUUUUCUUUUUUUUUUUUUGAUGUGUAAAAAUGUUGAACUGGCUGAAGCACUGGUGUAAAUACUGGCUGAUGGAUGCUGACGUGAGAGCAAAAAUUACCAAGCUAAUUUAUUUGAGUGACAGAUUUGAGGGGGUGGGGAGGGUUUGUAUACUGUAUUUGUUUAUUUCACCACUAGGGGGGGGCGUCACUGCCGAGCUCCCCGUACUGCAGAGUCGUGUCAUUUAAAAGCUUCUGGUGGUUCUGUGAGAGAUUUUUUUCCUCCUCGGCAGAGUUUGGACGUUUGUGUGCGAGCUGAACGUUGGACUUUUUAAAUUUACUGCAGAAAAAUCCAACGAAAACAGCGGAAACGUUCAGAUUUGACUACACAGCUGAGGCUCGUUGACACUCGGACGUCCACAGAGCUCAACUCAUGUUUAGUUUGUUUUGUUUUUCUAUAAUGAUGGGGCUGUCAUUCAUUGAUACAAGCUUAAAUUUUUAUUUGCUUUUAAAUGUGCAGGAAAUAAACAUUGAUGAUUUGCGGUAAA